AUGGCUUUCCACACUCGCUCUAACAGCUUCCCCUCAAGGCCACACCCGAUCAUUCAAAAAGUCGAUCAACACUUGUGCAGAUUGAGGUCUUCUGAGGCCACCUCCACAUCAUCAUCAUCUAUCAGCGACAAGCUAAGUGGCCUCCAAGACUUGCAUUAUUGUGCGGAGAAUUUGCUUCAGUUGCCCCUCUCUCAACAGGCCUUGUCCCAAGAGCAGAAUGACAAAUAUGCUAAUGAGCUAUUAGAUGGCUCUAUCAGACUCUUGGAGGUUUGUGGCACUGCCAAGGAUUCCCUGUCGCAAACCAAGGAAUGCAUACAGGAUCUUCAGUCGAUCAUAAGAAGGCGGGGAGGUGAAUCUGCACUCACAAGUGAGGUCAGGAAAUACAUGGCCUCUAGGAAGAUGGUGAAGAAGGCAAUCCACAAGGCUAGGGUAAAUCUGAAGGGAAUGAAAAAUAGAUCAGCUUUCUCUUCCCUCAACAACGACAAUAAGACAGUUGCCAUUAUUAGCAAGUUGAGAGACGUUGAAGCAGUCACUCUCGCAGUCUUUGAAUCACUUUUGUCCUUCAUUUCUGGGCCAAGGUUACAGCCAAGUAGCUUCUCAUUGGUCUCAAAGAUGAUGCAGUCGAAAAGAGUGGCUUGUAACGAAGAAACAGAAGCCAAUGAAUUUUCACUAGUUGAUGCUGCACUGCACAAAAGUGCCGAUAAAGCGCAGAACCUACUUGAGAAGCUAGAGUCGUGUAUUCAAGAGCAGGAAGAAGGACUAGAGUGCCUAUUUAGGCAACUCAUCAAAACAAGAGUCUCCCUCCUCAACAUCCUAAAUCAUUAG